CCUGAGCGCGGCGGGAUGGAGCCCGGAGCUCGCCCGCUGCUCGCCCUCUGCCUCGCCAGCUGCCUCCUGGCUCCGGGCUGCCGGGGGGCUCAGGGCAGGGUCGCCUACAAGCUGCUCCACGACCUCUUUGCCAACUACUCCAGCGCCCUGCGCCCCGUGGAGGACACAGACCGGGCGCUCAACGUCACCCUCCAGGUCACCCUCUCCCAGAUCAUCGACAUGGACGAGAGGAACCAGGUGCUCACCUCCUACCUGUGGGUCCGCCAGGCCUGGCUGGACGCCCACCUCACCUGGGACAAGGACGCUUACGGCGGCAUCGACAGCAUCCGCGUCCCCAGCAGCUACGUCUGGCGGCCGGACAUCAUCCUCUACAAUAACGCCGACGACCGCUUCGGCGGCUCGAUGGAGACCAACGUGGUGCUGCGCUCCGACGGGCGCAUCAUGUGGGACUCGCCCGCCAUCACCAAGAGCUCCUGCAAGGUGGACGUCUCCUACUUCCCCUUCGACGGGCAGCGGUGCCGCCUCACCUUUGGCUCCUGGACCCACAACGGGAACCAGAUCGACCUCCACAACCGCCUGGACACCGGCGACCUGACGGACUUCGUGGAGAACGUGGAGUGGGAGGUGCUGGGCAUGCCGGCCACCAGGAACGUCAUCACCUACGGCUGCUGCUCCGAGCCCUACCCCGACGUCACCUACACCCUGCUCCUCCGCCGCCGCGCCUCCUUCUACAUCUUCAACCUGCUCCUGCCCUGCAUCAUGGUCUCCUUCCUGGCACCCCUCGGCUUCUACCUGCCGGCUGACUCGGGGGAGAAGGUCUCGCUGGGGGUGACGGUGCUGCUUGCCCUCACCGUCUUCCAGCUGCUGGUGGCAGAGAGCAUGCCGCCCUCGGAGAGCGUCCCGCUCAUCGGGAAAUACUACAUCGCCACCAUGACCAUGAUCACGGCCUCCACCGCGUUGACCAUCUUCAUCAUGAACAUCCACCACUGCGGUCCGGGGGCCCGACCCGUGCCCCCCUGGGCCAGGCGGUUCAUCCUGCACCACAUGGCCCGGCUCUGCUGCGUCUACGAGGUGGGCGAGAGCUGCAAGAGCCCCCGGCGGGCCCCGAGCGGGCGGGAGGGCAGGGGGGAGGCUGCGGGGCAGGGGGAGACCCCCGGGGAGGGGGAGGCAGGGGUUUGCCCCCGGGACCGUUGCCUGUGCCACCAUGACGGCUUGCUGAGGAACGUCGGCUACAUCGCCGGCUGCUUCCGACGCCACCGAGCCGCCCAGCGCCGGACCAGCGAGUGGAAGAAGGUGGCCAAGGUGAUGGACCGCUUCUUCAUGUGGGUCUUCUUCCUCAUGGUCUUCCUCAUGAGCGUGCUGGUCCUGGGCAAAGCUGCCUGAAGGCCCCACGGCCCCACCGCCCCCAUGCACCCCCUUCCCACCACCACCCCCCCCUCCCCAACCAGGGACGGUGGUGGCUGUGGGUGCUCUGACCCCCCUCCCCCCCUCCUCCAAUGGAGCUGUAGGGUGGGGGUUCCCCCAGCACUGAGGAAGAGGAGCCCAACAGCGGGGACCCCCACCCCGGCUGCAGGCUUGAGGGGUCCCGACCCCGCUGCGCCAGGGCGUGCGCCCACAUCCUCCCCUUGCACCCCACGCCCGAGAAACCCAACAAAAUGGAAA